GAAGUGACAGUGAGCUGGCGUCACUCAGCUGUUCACAGCAGGAUGACAGAGCCCAGCGGGAUCCUGAUAAAAGGAGGUAAAGUUGUGAACGAGGACUGUUCCGUGAUCGCGGAUGUCUACAUUGAAGAUGGGAAAAUAAAAGAAGUUGGACAGAAUCUUCAGAUCCCAGCGGGAGUGCGGGUCAUUGAUGCCACAGGGAAACUGGUGAUCCCGGGCGGCAUUGACACGCACACACACAUGGAGCUGGCGUUCAUGGGCACCAAGGCUGUGGAUGACUUCCACAUCGGAACCAAGGCUGCUCUAGCAGGAGGAACCACAAUGAUCCUGGACUUUGUCAUCCCCCAAAAAGGCAAGUCUCUCCUGGAAGCCUAUGCCUGUUGGCGUAACACAGCUGAUCCCAAAGUUUGCUGCGACUACUCACUACACGUCGCUGUCACAUGGUGGAGUGACAAGGUCAAGAAAGAGAUGGAGACUCUGUCAAAAGAGCGAGGAGUCAAUUCCUUCAAAAUGUUUAUGGCCUAUAAAGAUGUGUUCAUGCUGGAUGACUCUGAGCUGUAUGCUGCCUUCUCCCAGUGCAAGGAGAUCGGAGCUAUAGCGCAGGUGCAUGCUGAGAAUGGAGACCUGAUUGCAGAGGGGGCUAAGAAGAUGCUGUCCUUGGGCAUCACGGGGCCCGAGGGCCAUGAACUGUGCCGGCCGGAGGAAGUGGAGGCCGAGGCCACCCAGCGAGCCAUCACCAUCGCCCAUGCUGUCAACUGCCCGCUGUAUGUGGUCCAUGUCAUGAGUAAAUCUGCUGCCAAGGUGGUGUCCAACGCACGAAGAGAUGGGCGAGUGGUGUUCGGGGAACCCAUUGCAGCUGGACUGGGCACCGAUGGGACUCACUACUGGAACAAAGAGUGGGCCCACGCUGCUGCCUUUGUCAUGGGGCCCCCCCUCAGACCUGACCCCAGCACCCCCGGGUACCUGAUGGACCUGCUGGCCAAUGAUGAUCUAAGUGUGACGGGAACGGACAACUGCACCUUCUCUGUGUGCCAGAAGGCCCUCGGAAAAGACGACUUCACCAAGAUCCCGAACGGAGUGAAUGGCGUGGAGGACAGGAUGUCUGUCAUCUGGGAGAAGGGAGUGCACAGCGGCAAAAUGGACGAGAAUCGAUUUGUAGCUGUCACCAGCAGCAACGCAGCAAAAAUCUUCAACUUCUACCCGCAGAAGGGCCGUAUCGCCAAGAACUCGGAUGCUGAUGUGGUCAUAUGGGACCCCAAGUUAACAAGGAAGAUAUCAGCCAAGACGCACCACCAGGCUGUGGACUACAACAUCUUCGAGGGCAUGGAGUGCCACGGCGUCCCUGUGGUCACCAUCUCCAGGGGCAAAGUGGUCUAUGAGGAUGGGCGGCUGAAGGCGACACCAGGGCAUGGAAAAUUCAUCCACAGAAAACCCUUCUCUGAAUUCGUUUAUAAACGCAUCAGACAGAGGGAGCAGGUGGGGAAACCUGCAGCUGUGAUCAGAAAGCCCUAUGAAGGAGAAGUCAUUUCUCUAUGAACAACUGACCUAGAACAUGAAAGCCACUUUGGAUCUCCAGCUGUGUGGUUACAGAACAUCUAGAUCUACCAAAGCCAAACAACUGAGUGCCUUUCAACAGAAACACCUGCUCUGAGUGGUUCUUUUGACAUGAAACUGUCCUGCAAGUCGUACAUGCGUUAUGCAUUCAAUAUAAAUCAGUGUGUGCAGUAAAGAUGGGGGGGGGG